AUGGCAAUGAAAGAACUGAGACGAGAGAAAGCUGUUCUGAGAAGAGAACUUUAUUACUCUAAGCCCGUUAGGUACAAGACUUUGUACAUCUUUGAUACUUGUCAACUACGUCUUAUUACAUGGCUCUACAGAGUCAUGUUUUAUCCAGUUUGUAUGAGAAUUGAGUAUUGUAGUAUACGGACUGAAAGUAUGUUACAGCGGGAUCGCGGUAUACGACAUGAGUUUUGGCAUGGAAAGGCAUCCCAAUGGUUGUGGCCUUACGGCCAUGGCAACGACCAGGAGGCAAUCAAGAAGGUGUUGAAAGUCAGCUGGGAUUGGAUUCUUUUCCAACUUGAUUAUUCCAUUAAAUCGUCCUUUUCUUGCACCAUUGAUCAUCGAUUGUAUCCAUCGAUCGUUCUUGGUAAUCAGGUAAAAACAUUUCAAUCGAGACCCAUGAUGAUGGAUUUGCUUCUUGGAUGGAUGGUAGAUCUAUCCAUCACUUUGAUGACAUGA